GCCAAGAUCGGUGACUUUGGGCUGUUGAGGGUGGGAGAGGGCACCACUGUCGGCACAACUCGGGUGAUGGGAACACCGGGCUAUGUGGAUCCCAUCUACUCACGCACGUCCAAGGCCACCACUGCCACCGAUGUGUACAGCUUCGGUGUGCUCAUGCUUGUGGUGAUCACUGGUCGCAGCCCCCGCUCUUCAGAGGGUGAAAAGAACGGCCACAUUCUGCGAUGGGUGAAAUAUUGCAUUUCCUCUGACAGCCCGGCCCGCCUCUUGUUGCUCGACUCAAUCUGCCCAGACCUCAGAAUGGACGCCCCAGAUGAUCCUGUGCUGCGCCAUUCCCUGUUUCUGACCCGACCCCCUUGUUCAACCUGUCAGGUGGAGGAUUGCGUUUCCUCCAACAACCUGGCCCUCCUCAAGGACCAGGACAUGGACGCCCCGGAUGAUGCUGUGCUGCGCCUGGCCCAGCUGGCUUUGCGCUGCACUGUGCAGCGCACUGCAAGCCGGCCCAGCAUAGCCACCAUUGCCAACGAGCUGCAGGGAAUCAGGCACGAGGUGGUGGGGAAGGAGGUGCUGAGUGCAGCGGUCAAGGUGGAUGAGCAAGCAGAGGGGAUGCGAAGUGGGACAUUGUAUCCCAAUAACUUGGCUGCAAUGUUGGAAGCUAUUAAGAGCAUGGAGGAGGACUCUACUGGGGAGCAAUCAGGUAUCAUCUGA